GCGUCAUUUUCCUUUCAUUAGUGGAGUACUGCAGCUCAACAAUCACAUUGAUUGAAAAGUUUUUGUGUGUUUCAGAAAUUCCAAUUAAGUCUUUUUUACUUUUAAUAAAGUAUGUCUUCUCACGGCCGAAACGAGUGUCGAAUUUAUGUCGGUAAUCUACCGCCAGAUAUACGCACUAAAGAUAUCCAAGAUUUGUUUCACAAGUUUGGAAAAGUGACGUUCGUAGAUUUAAAAAACCGCCGUGGGCCGCCAUUUGCUUUUGUAGAGUUUGAAGACAAUCGAGACGCUGAUGACGCAGUAAAAGCUCGUGAUGGUUAUGAUUAUGAUGGCUACAGAUUGCGAGUUGAAUUUCCUCGUGGUGGUGGACCAGGUAGCUAUCGUGGUAGUCGAGGAGGAACCAGUGACCGUGGAAGUGGAAGAGAUAGGAAUAACCGUGGUCCACCUGCUAGACGAUCCCAAUUCCGGGUGAUGGUUACUGGUCUCCCGGCUUCUGGUUCAUGGCAGGACCUCAAGGAUCACAUGCGAGAAGCUGGUGAUGUUUGCUUUGCAGAUGUAUAUAAAGACGGAACUGGGGUAGUAGAAUUUUUACGCCAUGAAGAUAUGAAAUAUGCCAUAAAAAAACUGGAUGAUUCACGAUUUCGAUCACACGAGGGAGAAGUAGCUUACAUUAGAGUUCGUGAGGAUUCUUCUGAUGAUCGACGAGGCGCCGAGCAUCGCGAUCGAUCUUAUUCACCCCGUAGACGUCGCGGUACUCCAACUUAUUCUCCAGUUCAGCGAAGUUUUUCGCGAUCCCGUUCUCGCUCCUUCAAUUACUGAAGUUCGUAUGAAAUCUUGACAACACUCUUAUGAAUCCUGCUGGAUGGAUUCCAAGUAAAUUGAUGAUUUAUAUAAUUUUCACAAAAUAAGAAUUUUUACGAUAUCCAUCUACCACGCAUAUUCCGCCAACACGUGACAAUUGUAUACCGCAAUAUUUUCCAUUAUAAUUUUGAGCGCAUGUUUGGAAACUCUGGUAAAAGGCUUCAGCGUUUUAAAACUCAUUUUAUUCGUUUAGUACAUUUCUACAUUAUUAUGCUCAGUUUAAGUUUUAUGACAAAUGUCAAAAAUGUGAAAAUUUAUAUCUACACGACUAGUUAUCUAAUCUAUCAGAUCCAGGCGGAAAUGUGUAACUUCCUAUGGAGAAAAUGAUCCUAAGAAACAUUGACUAAUAGUUGUGUUCUGAUCUCUCCUUCUAGCCUCUGAAAUGCGACACGAAGAUCUCUAUCGAAAACCGGAUGGGAUAAUCAAUUUUUUUUAUUCUAAUUCUAUCUUCGAACUUGCUUUGCUUUUCAUGACAUAUUCUAACACCUGUUUCUUCUUUUUUCAAACAGGAAAGUGGAAACUUGCUUAUUUUUUUGUACAAGGGAUAAUUUGUCGCUGACAUGACGCGAAUGUUUCAUACUAGGAUUUUGGAUCAGGAACCAAGGAAUUUACAAGAUCUUUAAAUGUUGGAUCCCUCUUUACUCGUUUAGUAUACAGGAAGCAUUUGUUUCGUCUUUGGAUCACUGGACCAAACAGGAUAGGAUUCAGGUUUAGCGACGUAAGCGGUUUUACAAAAUUCGUCUUUGCGCUAUUUGGAGGAAACCGAAUUUGGGAUAACAUAACAGGACAAUUGACACAGGAGAAAUAGAAUAAUCAGUUAAAAUGACAAGCUUCAAUUUUUGAGUACUUUGACAGCUGUUGCUGUUUUUUUCGUAUUUGAUAUACUACAAAAAGAGGUAUUACGCUCAUAUGUUUAAUUACGUUUUUUUUUUUUUUUUUGAUAAACAUGGUUUUCAAAUCUACUUUGUAUAGUGAUCAUAUUUAUCACGAAAAAAAACUUAUUACAUAUGAGAGUGGUUUAACUUCAUCACGUGGUAAAUGUUUACCUGUAGAAAUGUUGUUGAGUUGGUUCAGUAUCAGUUUUCUAAUGCAGCAUAAUAGAAAAUUUAUAGAUUCAGCAGUACGUUUAAUGGAUGUGAUGAUUUGUAUUGCUAUGCAUGCUAAAACAGCGAAUGGUAAUAUAUCGAUUAAAUAUCAUGUUGCGAGCUGAUGAAUCACAAAGACGUGUAGAUAAAAAUUAACACGGAGCUGCUACACAUUCAUGAAGGAUCUAUAUAGGAAAUGGAUGUAAGGAUGCAUUUGGAAUAAUGGAGAGUCAACAUGGGACUAAAGAAAAACGAUUACAUAACGUAUAAUUAAAUUAAUUCAAACACUAACAAUACUUCUACAGGUAAAAAUGACUAUUUGCGAAAAGUUUUAUAAAUUUUAAGCCAUUUUGAGGGGUAGUCUUCUGUGUGAGAAAUUACUUCGUUUUCAAGCCACGGAUGAUCGGAGGUGUUUGUGAAUGUAAGAAUUUACACGUAUGGACUACGUGGGAUACCGUCUUUUGGGACUUGUCUUCAGCUAUGGAAAUUAAGAUUUACUUUGCACUUGUUCAUUGAGUCAUUGAGGACAACGCGGGAAAAGAGAUCUUAUAUUCGUUCGCAUUUUGGCAGCACCAAGGAUUUGUUGGAAAGGAACAAUAUCAGAGGAUAAAGGAAGGAGCGAAUGGUGUGUAUUAGCUUUAUUUGUUAUUUUUGCCUUUAUAUUCAACUUUUCUAACGUUUCAUAGAUUUUCUACAUGAAUCUUUGAUUUGAACCUUUGCAUUUUUUUUAAUUCGCUUUGUGCCUAAGAGCGACUUUUUUAGGAUGAAUCUAAAAUAAAAAGCGAUUAAACCUGAUUGAAACAUCUCCUACUUCAAGGCACUCUUUAUUUCACAUAAAUUUAAAUACUAUUGCUGAUUGACCUUUUAAUCGUAGAGACGAGCAUGUUAGUUUCGAUUUUAUAGAAUCAUUCAAUCAUAAAUUCCAUUUCGGACCUUUUUUAUCAGUCGAUGAAACUUUAUGAAAGCAUUUUUCACGGUGUUGAAUAUGUUAGUGACAUACUGUAAUGUGGGUACAAAUGAUUUAAAAGCACCAGUUAUUGUCAAGAGCGAAGAUAUCCGAAGAAAUAACUGUCUAAGCUAUUGUUUCGCACAAGUACUUUUUUAUUUUUAGACGCGUUUACAAUAGCAAAAAGUGAUUGAUGCUGUUGGGUACUUCGAACUUUUCUUUAAAAAAUGUCGCAUUCGGACUUAUUAUUAAUUACAAAGUAUUGGUCAGCAGUUCAAUGCAAUAAGUAUUAAAUAAUGAGGGUAAUUGUCCUAGUAAACACUGUACUGGCAGAUUGCAAAAUUGGUAAUCAAUUCAAGUGUUUAAAGCUGAAUAAUUAUACAUUAUAAUUGUAUUUGUUAUCAGUGUUUGCAAUGAUGGCGACUGUUUGAUAAAUGAUAAAAAUGCUUUUUUUUCGAUAAUGCAGUAAACUAGUUCGUUGUACUUUGCACCUUGCAAUACUACAUACCACGUGAUUAUACUAUAACGCGUUUAACAUAUCUAUGAUGAAUUGUCACGGUCUUUACUUUGAUCCUACUGGCGGUUAUCAACGAAAUGAAUACACUAAAUGCCCUAUUGGCCCUGACAGAAGUAAAAGAGGUUUUAAAGGCUAUUCGCACCUACGCGAAUCCUCAUAAGCUAUUGUCAAUUUAUGUGUGUGAACAAAAGCAAAAAUACUUCCUUCACUUUCGCAAGCAAAAACCAAACUAAUACUAACAGAGUCGUCAGGGCCAAUUCUCACUCCUACCUAGGAAGGUUACACAAUACAGAGUUGACAAGGCAUUCGCGCCGUCUUGCUCUGGAAUUUGCCUUGUCGGCUCUGUAACGUUUAAUCUUUAUAUAGUCAUCUCACCAAAUGAAAUUUGUCAUUGUCAUAGUCUUGUGAUCCUGAUUAUUCCAUUUUAAUGGCCGCCACCCAAAUGAUUGAUAAUACCUCCGGUGAUUGAGGUAACUGAGAGAAUAGAAUUCUAAAUGUUUUAUAUUGAGUUUGAAGUGCUUUUUGAACGAUUACAAAUGAAUUCAUAUGUAUGUGGUGUGGCGAAACUCGGUAGUUUUUCUCGGAUAUACCACUACUCUUGACGAUAGCUAAUGAUUACAUAGUUCACUUUUCAACAAUUAGACAGUACAUAUGAUUUCUCAGUUACUCAUGAUAACGUUGAGAAUAAAAUGAUUUCAACAAUGCAA